AUGGCUCUGAAGCUGCUAGAAGAGUGUUUCCGGCCACCGGCUGCUCGUUCGUGCGUCUGGCGGAGGAAACUAGAUCCUAGAGGAGCGAAAGACUUGUGUGCUCUGCAACGGAGCGGGUGUGAGGUUCCGUGUGAGCGCGGCUGCAGCGACCCACUUCGGGGCCACCUGCCAGUCUUCGCCAUUAUCCCGCGUCCCCUGGCCCGGUUGAACCCGCAGGUUACUAUGGCGACGACCAGGCUAAAGUACCUGGCUCAGGGCCAUGUGACCUUUGAGGACGUGGCUGUGUACUUCUCGAAGGAGGAGUGGAGGCUCCUUGAUGAGGCUCAGAGACACCUGUACUGCAACGUGAUGCUGGAGAACUUGGCACUUAUAGCCUCUCUGGGUUGUUGGCAUGGGGUAAAAGCUGAGGAAGCUUUUUCUGAGCAAUGUGUUUUUGUGGAAAGAGUGCCACAGGCCAGAACUUCAGACCCAGGCCGAUCUAUCCCAAAGGUUCAUUCCUGCAAUAUGUGUGUCUCAGUGGAGAAAGCCAUCUUGUACCUGGCUGAACACAAAGGAACUCACGCUGGGCUGAAACCAUGCACUUGUGGGCCUUGUGGAAAACUGUGCUUAUUCAUUUCAUACCUACAGCAGCACCAGAAGCAGAAUCAUGGAGAGAAGGAUCUUGAAAGGGAAGAGAACAGGGCUUUGUUCAUGAAGAGCAAAAUCCUUGUGUCAGACAGUAUUUUCACCUGUGGAGAGGCUGAGGAUGUUUCCUUGGGGACUGUGGGCCUUGUCCAGCACCAGACCAUCCCCAGCAGAGAGCAUCCACAGAGAGGCAAGGGGAGAAGCGCAGUGUCUCACACUCUGCAAGGGCAACACAGUGAACAUGGACAAGCCUCCCACAAAGAGGUUAAAUUCACAGAGCAGCAGAGUGCUCACACUGGAGAAGGCCUUCAUAAGUGCAGUCAAUGUGAAAAGUCUUUCAUCUACAAAAAAAGACUUCUUGAGCACCAGAGAAUCCACACUGGAGGAAAGCCUCAUGAGUGUAGCAAAUGUGGGAAAUUCUUUAAGUACAAAUCUAGUCUUAAUCAACACUGGAAAGUUCACACUGGAGAUAGGCCUCAUAAGUGCAGUGAAUGUGGGAAGUCCUUCAUCUAUAAAAGUAGACUUCUUGAGCACCAGAGAAUUCAUACUAGAGAAAGACCUUAUAAGUGCAAUGAAUGUGGAAAGUCCUUCAUCUAUAAAAAGAGACUUCUUGAGCACCAGAGAAUCCACAUUGGAGAAAGGCUUUAUAAGUGCAGUGAAUGUGGGAAGUCUUUCUUCUACAAAAGAAUACUUCUAAGGCACCAGAGAAUCCACACUGGAGGAAAGCCUUAUGAGUGUAAUGAAUGUGGGAAAUUUUUUAGACACAGACCCAGUCUUAUUCAUCACUGGAAAGUUCACACUAGAGAAAGGCCUUAUAAAUGCAAUGAAUGUGGGAAGUCCUUCAUCCAUAAAAGGAGACUUCUUGAUCACCAGAGAAUCCACACUGGAGAAAGGCCUUAUAAGUGCAAUGAAUGUGAAAAGUCCUUCUUCUAUGAAAGAAUACUUCUUGAGCACCAGAGAAUCCAUACUGGAGAAAAGCCUUACAAAUGUAACGAAUGUGGUAAGUUCUUGAGACACAAAUCUAGUCUUAAUCAUCACUGGAAAGUUCACACUGGAGAAAGGCCUCAUAAGUGCAGUGAAUGUGGAAAGGCCUUCAUCUAUAAAAAGAGCCUUCUUGAACACCAGAGAAUCCACACUGGAGAAAGACUUUAUAAGUGCAGUGAAUGUGAAAAGUCCUUUGUCUACAAAAGCAGACUUCUUGAGCACCAGAGAAUCCACACUGGAGAAAAGCCUUUUGAGUGCAGCAAAUGUGGGAAGUUCUUCAGACACAGCUCCACCCUCUUUAAACACCAGAAAGUCCACACUGGCAAAAGCCGUCUCAGUGCAGUAAAUGUGGAAAUCUUUCAUCCACAGAAAAAUAUUUCUUUUGUACCAGAGAAUCCAUAUCGGAGAAAAGUUUCUCAUGUAGCGAACAUGAGAAAACCUUCAUAAAAAGGUUUGAAUUCAAUGAACACCAGAGAGUUCAACCUAGAGAAAAGCCAUAUGAAUAUAAUGAAUGUGGGAAAUUCUUUAGACACUGAUCCCUGAUCCACUCAUGUUCAACACCAAAACGUUCAUGCUGGAAAGAGGCCUUGAAUAAGUGUAAUGAAUGUGGGAUGUCCUCCAUUUAUAAAAGAAAUCUUGAGCACAGAGAAUCCAAACUGGAGAAAGAACCUUUGAGUACAAUGAAUGUGGGAGAGCCUUCAGCCUCAAGGAUAGACUUGCUCAGCACCACAAAGUCCACACUGGAGAAAAGCCUUUUUGUGCAGCAAAUGUGGAAAGAUUUUUGGUGGAAGAUAACGCUUCAUCAGGCACUGGGAAGUUCAUAGUAGAGAAAGUCCUUAGCCACAAGGGAAUGCACUGUCACCAAGUUUAACAACACACCAGAGUGUAGACUUUCCAUGGGAUUGACCAAUUGAACCUUUUAUUUAUGAGGAUCUCCAAAUCACUACAGGUAUCAGGUGCUUGCGACUGUUUCUUCAGCUUACCUGACUUUCUAAUGUGCAGAGUGCCUCUGGCAGAAGGUAUCUCUCUUCUACCAUGUGGCAUGUCCCCACAGCAUACAUCAGUCUCCCAGUGUGUUCAGGGGAUAUAGAUCUUUGUGCUCCAAAUCCUGAAGGAAAUUGUAUGUAAUAGCCUAAUUGAGCUGCAUGGGGUGUAGAUGAGACCCAGCUUUGUUGAUAGGAGCAGUCUGGGUUCUUGGUGGAUCACAGAGGUUUCCUUCAUGAUGCUAUUCUUUCAUGUGAUUCUCAUGAUAGAUUUAUGCCUACUCCAAGUGUCCCAGCUAGGAAACUGUUUGCAUCACCAUUGACUGUUGUGCAUUGACAUGCAUUGACAAACACCUUAUUGUUUAAGUCACCUUGAAGUUUGGAGGUUAUGUGCCCUCUGGGGUUAGGUUUAGGAUAGAAUUGUGGUUUCCAGUGUGAAGGGGUGAAUAGCUUUUGUGAGUCAUAAUGUCAAUAUCAGAGGCAUAGUACAAGUCAGAAAAUAGUUCCUAUUCCUAUUUGGGCUUAAUUUGUAUUGCUUCUCAAGGUGUCCUGGGAAAGAUUGCAGGGCUUUGUGAUUAAUAUGUAGCCGUGCAUUCCUCUGUCACAGAGUAGUUAAAUGUCUAACUUAAUAAAGGAUAAUCUAAUGUGGUGAUACCAGUUUACAUUCUCACCAGAAAAACCAUUACUAGAGUUCCAGUUUCUUUAUAUCUUUAUACCUGGUAUGGUCAGGCUUCAUAAUUUCAGCAAUGUAAUAGGUGAGUAGUGACACCUUGUAAUUUUAAUUUGUAUUUCCCUAAUGACAUGGUGUUUAGAGGUUUUUUCAUGUGUUAAUUUCCAACCAUCAUCUCUUUUUUGAAAUUUCUGUUUAUGAUUUUCCAUCGUAAUUACUGAGUUUUGACAUUUGUCCAUGGAUUUGUGAUAAAAAUCUUCUAUUUUAA